AUAAUCAAAACAGUGCCAUGUGUCUCGGGGUCUGACAACUAACAUUGUGAAGGUUUCGGUGAAAUAAGUCGCGAUGUCUGACGACACGCUGUCGUUUCAUGAGAUGGGGCUUGAUGACAGACUCUUAAAGGCAAUUUCACAUCUGGGUUGGUCUGAGCCAACCCCAAUACAAGAAAAGGCUAUUCCACUUGCUUUGGAAGGAAAGGAUAUUUUGGCUCGAGCCAGGACGGGGUCAGGAAAGACUGCAGCAUUCUGUAUCCCUGUUAUACAGAAAAUACUGACAGCAAAACAGACAAGUGCAGAGCAAUCAGUCAAGGCAUUGGUGCUGACACCAACUAAAGAAUUAUGCCACCAAGCUUACAAAAACUUAAUGGAGCUAACAUCCAGCUGCUCUAGAGAAGUCCGAGUCCUUGACAUAUCCCCUCAGGUGCCUCUACCUACCCAAAAACCCAUGUUGAUGGAGAGACCAGACAUUAUUGUAGCCACGCCCACCCGAGCUUUGGCCCACAUCAAAGCUGGUAACCUUGACCUUAAACAGUCAUUAGAGUUGUUGAUUAUUGAUGAGGCUGAUUUACUCUUCUCAUUUGGAUAUGAGGAUGAUGUGAAAGGAAUUCUCAGUCAGCUCCCAAAAAUCUUCCAGGCUUUCCUGAUGUCUGCCACUCUGAGUGAGGAUGUCCGAGCUCUGAAGAGGAUGGUCCUCCAUAAUGCUGUGAUAUUGAAACUUGAGGAAUCACAACUUCCUGAGGCAUCACAACUGACCCAAUAUCACAUCAAAUGUGAAGAACAGGAUAAAUUUACUUUAGUAUAUGCUCUUUUGAAAUUAAAUUUACUGCGGGGGAAGUCUAUAAUCUUUGUUAACGAGGUCAACAGGUGUUACAAAUUGAAAUUAUUUCUAGAACAGUUUGCAAUACCAGCUUGUGUGUUAAACUCUGAACUUCCAGUUAAUUCUAGAUGUCACAUUGUGAACCAGUUUAAUGAUGGACUUUAUGACAUCAUCAUAGCAUCAGAUGAAAACCUGCUUAUGGAUCCAAAGGCUAAGCCACAGGAACAAGAAAAGAUAAAGGAAAAAAAACCUAAGAAGAAAGACAAAGAAUAUGGAGUCUCAAGAGGAAUUGAUUUUCAGAACGUUUCCAAUGUGAUCAACUUUGAUUUUCCCCGUGAUGUUGAUACAUACAUUCACAGAGUGGGAAGGACAGCCCGGGGAGGUAACCAAGGUAACGCCCUGUCCUUUGUCAGUGUCAAGGACAUUGAAUUACUAGGAGAAGUGGAGAAGGCUUUGUCUGAGUCUGGCUCUGGGGAGGAAAGUGUCUUUAAGCCGUAUAAUUUCAAAAUGGAUGAGAUAGAAGGAUUCAGAUACAGGGCAAAGGAUGCAAUGAGAAUGGUGACAAAAACAGCAAUAAGAGAGGCCCGAUUGAAAGAAAUCAAACAGGAGAUGCUGGCAUCCAACAAACUGAAAACAUAUUUUGAGGAUAAUCCUCGUGACCUCCAAGUUUUACGACAUGACAAGAGUCUUCACACAAUCCAGGUACAGAAACAUCUCAAAAACGUGCCGGAUUAUCUAGUUCCUAAAACUUUGAGACACAUGCGCGGCAUGUCUUCAAAACCAGGAAAAUCAAAAGGGAGGAGGAAAAACUCUGCACAAAAAGGACCAACACGAGCAGAAAUUAAAUACAAGAAAAGGAAAGCUGACCCCUUGAGAAGUUUUGAAUCAGCGGGUGUAGUGGGUGGGGGCAAGAAGAAAAAGAAGUCCUAGUAUUGUACUCUACUUUUAUAAAUAAAUGUUACUUGUGUUAAAAUUAA